CAACAACACUGGCAGACACAAAGACAGCAAGCUGUGCCUGCUCUGGCCCAGGCUUCAGCAAUGCCUCUUCUGGAGGAGACCACUCUGCCACAAGAGCACCCACCUACUGUCCCUGUGGUCAUCAUAGGAAACGGGCCAUCAGGUAUUUGUCUAUCCUACCUGCUGAGUGGAUACAAGCCCUACCUAGACACAGCAACUGUUCACCCAAACCCAAUACUAUACAGGAAGCUGCAGGAGACCAAGCACCUACCCAUCACUGAACAGGAUCUGGAAUAUUUGAGUGAAGGUCUUGAGGGGAGGUCAAGGAAUCCAGUUGCUGUGCUUUUUGACACACUGCUCCAUCCCAAUGCUGACUUUGGCUACGAGUUCCCUCCUGUCCUUCAGUGGAGGACUGACAAGCAGCAACAAAUCCCACAUCUGGUGCUGGGGAGGGCAACGCCAGGAGGUGCUUGGCAUGCAAUGGAAGGCUCCAUGCUGACUAUUAGUCUUGGCGCCUGGAUGGAGCUUCCUGGUGUCAAUUACAGAGACUUGACCAAAGGGAAACGCAGGGAUGUAACCAGUGACAGAGCCACCCCAGAGGAAAUCUCAUCCUAUUACCGUAACUAUGUGAAGUUAAAGGGCCUCCAAAAGAAUUUUGUUGACAACACCUACGUGACCUCCGUCCAGAAACUCUGCCGGGGGCACGAGGGGGAAGGUCUGGAAAAUGGGCACAAUGAUCAAGGAGAUGUGGGGAUGGGAGAUGGCGGGAAUGAGGGCCUUGAGGGAAAUGGAGUUGAUUGUGUAAACAGCGGAGGAGGGGGGGCCCUUUGGGAAGUAAGGGGAUACCAGCAGGUGCAGAACGACACUCACGUCCCCUUCUCCCUGUUUGCUGAGAACGUAGUUCUGGCCACUGGUGCAUCCGAUUCACCGAUUCGAUUAGGUGUAGAAGGGGAGGACCUGCCAUUUGUAUUCCACAGUAUCUCAGACCUGGGUCUGGCUGUAAGCCGGAGAAAGCUGGAUAUAAACUCUGAUCCGGUUUUAAUUGUAGGUGCCGGUUUAUGUGCUGCAGAUGCAGUUCUGUGCGCUUGCAACAGCAACAUCAGAGUGCUGCAUGUCUUUCGUAAGAGUGUAGACAACCCAGAUCUCAUCUUCAAACAGCUCCCCAAGACCCUGUACCCAGAGUACCACAAAGUUUACAACAUGAUGUGCUCUCAGACCUACACAAAUGUGGCUCCCUCCUCUUCUCCAAACAGACCCCAGGCUGUUAGUAUUGCCUCUUCGGUAUGUGCCAAGAUGUGCCCGAAGCCGCAACUUACCGGAGCUAACAUGUCUGGUAAUGCCAGUGUCAGCCUGUUUCCUGACUACACCAGUUUCCCUGAACACUGCGUGGUGUCCUUCCAGUCUGACAUGAAGUGUUUGCUGCAGGGGAAAAACUCCCUCAAGGCAUUCAAGAUCUCCAUGGUUCUGGUGCUGAUCGGGACCAACCCAAACUUAUUUUUCUUGAAGGGACAGGGCCAGUACCUCUGUCAGGAUCCAACAAAACCCAUCUCCUGCAAGCAGAACCCCAUUGACAUCGACCCCUACACUUUUGAGUGUACCAAGGAGCCAGGUCUGUUUGCCAUGGGCCCACUGGUGGGAGACAACUUUGUGCGCUUUUUGAAAGGUGGCGCUUUAGGCAUCGCCUCCUGUCUGCUGAAGAGACUCAAGAAAAAAGGGAAGCUCAUCAGCAAUGGAGGGAAUAACUUCAUUUAA